CUGGACUUUGACAGCCUUAAAUACUGUAUCCAUCAUAUAGCUGACCCUGGUUAAUGCCGGUCGCAGACUGCAGUUCUGUCUCCACUCGUUAGGUCCUUCCAAUUUAGUUCGUGUUGGAGUUGUACGAGCGGACAUUCCAGAGCGAGGAGUGGGUGAUACUCCAACGGCCUAUAUAAACCCAGUCAUACGGACAGUAAUACACAUAGCAACAAGGCUAGACAUUUUACUACUGUGAUCAUGUCCCCAACUCCAGACGUCACAAUAGACGACGUCGUCUCCCUCACCCAGACCCUCGUCCAAAUCGACUCCUCCACCCCAGGCUCCGGCACAAACGCCACCGGCGAAACCGCCAUCGCAAAGUACAUAGUCGCCUGGCUGCACCACCGCUCCAUCGAAACCCACUGGAUCGAAGAAGUCCCCAACAGGCCGUCCGUCGUCGCCGUCGUCCGCGGAUCCGGCGGGGGAAAGUCACUCAUGUUCAACGGCCACACCGACACCGUCACCUUACAGGGCUACACGGACGACCCCUUGAGCGGCCACGUCGCCCCAGAUGGGCGAUUAUACGGUCGCGGAUCCGCGGAUAUGAAAUCCGGUCUUGCGGCGGCAAUGAUCGCGCUCGCGCAGGCUAAACAGCUCUCUCUCGAUAGUAAACUCUCUGGCGACGUGAUUCUCGCCGCCGUCGCCGACGAGGAAUGCGACAGUAUCGGCACAGAACAAGUCCUCGCAGCUGGAUGGCGUGCGGACGCGGCGAUCAUCGCCGAGCCGACGGAGUUCGCCAUCAUCAAUGCGCACAAGGGGUAUGUGUUGCUGGAGGUCGAGGUGCGUGGGGUUGCGGCGCAUGGCUCGCGGGCUGAUCUCGGGGUUGAUGCGAUUUGCAAGGCUGGGCAUUUCCUGGUGGAGUUGGAUCGGUAUGCGCAGCAGUUGCAGGAGCGUUCGCCUACGGGGGAGAGGCUUGAUGCGCCGAAUGUGCAUGCUGGUGUGAUUCGGGGUGGUGCGGAGAUUAACUCGUACCCUGCGUCUUGUGUCGUGGAGAUUGAGCGCAGGACCAUAGCCGGCGAGACGGAUGAGUCUGUGAGGAAGGAGUUGUUGGAGAUAUUGAGAAGGCUGGAGGAGAGAGUUCCGGAUUUCAGCUUUGAGCUGCGUGUUACUUCGUAUCGGCCGCCGUUUGCUAUUGCUGCGGACCAUCCGUUUCUCAAUCUGGUUGUUGAGCAGGCUGUCAAGACUACGGGGGCUGCGCCGCCGAUUAAGAGCGAGACGUACUGGACUGAUAUGGCCUUGCUGGAUGAGGUGGGCAUUCCGGGGGUGAUCUGGGGGCCUAAGGGGAGUGGUCUGCAUUCGAAGGAGGAGUCUGUCGAAGUGCAGUCGAUCAGGGACUUGAAGGAUUCGUUUGUGGCUAUCAUGGAGAGAUUUUGUCAAUAGUACUGUUCUCUUUAAUAGUGGUGAUAUUUUCUAUAGCUUCUAGUAUAUCUGGUCGCGGUAUAGGGUCAUUUGAUAUUAGUCUAAGAUGCACGCCUAUACAUGAUCACUUCGUAGGAUCCCCCGGGGGCGCCGAAGGCUCAUAGUCACUAAAGUCAUACUCGACAUCAUAAUCCUCAGCAUCAUCCUCGCCAUCCGAGAGUUCCACGUCCCUGAGGUUCUCCCCCUCAUCCUCCUCCUCCUGCG